GCUGAUUGACAGCAGUGUGCGCGCUUCCUCCUUUUAUCCCACUGAUACGCUCUAUGUUUUAUCCGCAAGAACAGAGGAUCUCCCUCAGUUCUGCGAAUGAGCUCGAGCUGUCAUUCAUCCACGCUGACGCUGCCAGGACGGGUCCAGUCAUUCACUGGAGGAAGGGCACUUGAACGGUGCACGAGGUUACCACCAUGGCCAAAGCCUAUGUGUUCAACUGGCAGAAAUGCAUCCCACAGUUUAUGCAGGAGGGGGCUUCUUUUGACAGAUAUGAAGAGGAUCCCUUUGUCUUUGAGCCAAAGUGUUUCGUCAGAGUGGACGAGUUUGGGUUCUUUCUGUCAUGGAAAAGCGAAGGGAAGGAAGGCCAGGUUGUAGAGUGCUCCCUCAUCAACUCCAUCCGCAGUGCUGUUCUACCCAAGGACCCGAAGUUCCUGACGUGCCUGGAGGCUCCAGGACAAGCUGAGAGUGACUUGGAGAACAGAAUCAUCUGCAUCUGCAGUGGAACUGACCUGGUCAACCUGAACUUCCUGUACCUACUGGCAGACAGCAGCCACACUGCCAAGCAAUGGACGGAGGGCCUCAGGUCCUUGAUUCACAACUUCAGAGCAAACAACGUGUGUCCAAUGACCUGCCUGAAUAAACAUUGGAUCAAGCUGUCAUUUUUGACCAAUGUGAAUGGAAAGAUUCCUGUCCGAAGCAUAACCAGGACAUUUGCCUCUGGAAAAACAGAAAAGGGGAUCUUCCAGGCACUCAAGGACCUGGGCCUGCCCAGUGGGAAGAACGAUGAAAUUGAGCACGCCGUCUUCACCUUUGACAAGUUUUACGCCCUCACCCAGAAGAUCUGCCCGCGGACCGACAUCGAGGAGCUUUUCCGGAAACUAAACGGUGACAAAAGUGAUUAUUUAAAUGUAGACCAGUUAGUCAGCUUUCUGAACGACAACCAACGGGAUCCUCGUUUGAAUGAGAUCCUGUUUCCAUUUUAUGAUCCGAAACGAGCUCGGCGGAUCAUAGAGAUGUAUGAGCUGGACCCAGAACUCAGGCAUAAAGGUGUGAUGUCUUCUGACGGGUUCUGCCGGUACCUCAUGUCGGACGAGAACGCUCCGGUGUUCCUCGACCAUCUGGAUCUGUACCAGGAUAUGGACCAACCAUUGGCUCACUACUUCAUCAGCUCCUCCCACAAUACAUAUCUGAACGGCCGGCAGUUUGGUGGAAAGUCCAUUGUGGAAAUGUACCGGCAGGUGCUCCUGGCAGGGUGCAGGUGUGUGGAACUGGACUGUUGGGAUGGAAAAGGAGAAGACCAGGAGCCGAUUAUUACCCACGGGAAAGCCAUGUGCACUGACAUCCUCUUCAAGGUGAAAAUACACAAGCAAGCACUCACACAGACUGACGUCCUCUUCAAGGAUGUAAUUCAAGCCAUUAAAGAAACGGCUUUUGUGUCAUCUGAGUACCCUGUGAUUCUGUCAUUCGAAAACCACUGCACGAAGCCACAGCAGUAUAAGAUGGCUCGUUACUGUGAGGAGAUCUUUGGCGAUCUACUUCUCAAACAGACACUGGAGGCAUUCCCGCUAGAUGUGGGCCAGCCUUUACCCUCCCCCAGAGACCUGAAAAGGAAAAUACUCAUCAAGAACAAGCGAUUAAAACCUGAAGUAGAACAGAAACAGCUGGAGGACUUUAAAAAGCACAUGGAAGGAAACCCGGAGGACGAGAAUGAUGAGGAGACUGAAAUUGCUCCCACGUCUCCUGUCGUGGUGGAUGAGGCCCACCCGGAGUUGAAGUCAAAUGGCAGUCUGAGCCAAAGCACAGGGAAAAAGGAUUCUGAAGAAGAAGUUUCAGAUGCAGCAGACAUGACUGAUAUAUCUGAGGCCUCUGAUAUAGAAAUUAGCAAGAAGGGUGAAAGCCCUGAAGAAGAGGAGCAGGCUUUGAUUGCUUCCUACAAGUAUGUAGGGGCCACCACCAGCAUCCACCCUUAUCUGUCAGCCAUGAUUAACUACGCCCAGCCUGUCAAGUUCCAGGGCUUCAGUGUGGCUGAAGAAAGGAAUAUCCACCAUAACAUGUCGUCCUUCAAUGAAUCGGUUGGCCUGGGGUACUUGAAGACAAACGCCAUUGAAUUUGUGAACUACAACAAACGACAGAUGAGCCGUAUCUAUCCUAAAGGGGGCAGGGUGGACUCCAGUAAUUACAUGCCUCAGAUCUUCUGGAAUGCCGGCUGCCAGAUGGUGGCCCUCAACUUCCAGACCCCAGAUUUAGCCUUGCAGCUGAACCAAGGAAAGUUUGAGUACAAUGGCUCUUGUGGGUACCUGCUGAAGCCAGACUUCAUGCGUCGCCCAGACAGAAUGUUUGACCCUUUCUCUGAAACCCCUGUAGAUGGCGUCAUUGCUGCUACGUGCAGCGUUCAAGUGUUCUCAGGACAGUUCCUGUCUGAUAAGAAGAUCGGCACAUACGUGGAAGUGGACAUGUAUGGGUUGCCCACAGACACCAUUCGCAAGGAGUUCCGCACCAGGAUGGUGAUGAACAACGGGCUGAACCCUGUUUACAACGAGGAGCCCUUCGUCUUUAGGAAGGUAAUCCUACCGGACCUGGCGGUGCUGAGGAUCGGUGUGUACGACGACAGCAACAAGCUGAUAGGCCAGCGGAUCAUGCCCCUGGACGGCUUGCAGACUGGGUACAGACACAUCUCCCUGAGGAACGAGGGGAACAAGCCUCUGUCUCUGCCCACCAUCUUCUGCAACAUCGUCCUCAAAACAUACGUGCCCGAUGGCUUCGGGGCCAUUGUUGAUGCACUCUCCGACCCCAGAAAAUUCCUCUCCAUCUCGGAGAAGAGAGCGGAUCAGAUGAGGGCCAUGGGUAUCGAGACGAGUGACAUUGUGGAUGUGCCCAGUGACGGCACACAGAUUGGCAGAGCGAACACGAAAAGGGCCAGCGUGACUCCGCAGUCCAGCUUAGAGCUGCAGAUGAGUGCCACAUCUGGACCAAGCACCAUCAGCGAGGCCAAGACUGGGCCGGCUGGCCCCCAGGUCAGCAUUGAUGUGGAUGAACUGAAACAGAUGAAGACAUAUCUUAAACUCCUGAAGAAACAACAGAAAGAGCUGCUUGCCUUAAAAAGAAAUCAUGCAAAGGAACAGGGAAUCCGACAGAAAUCUCAGUGCACUCAGGUAGACAAGAUGGUGGCCCAGCAUGACAAAGACAAACUGACUCUGGAAAAGCUACUGGAAAAAUCUAUUAAGAAAAAGGGAGAAAACAACUGCCUUGAACUGAGAAAGGAAAUUGAAGUGAAAACCCAGGCAGCCAACGAUAAUCACACAACAAAGGUGAAGCAGAUGGUGGGGAUCCAUACCCAGGAGUGGUCUGAGAUGUUGAGGUGUCAGAGUGCAGAGGAACAGGGGUUGAGAGAGCAGCACGUUCAGCAGCAGUGCACCGUCCUCAAGGCCCUGCUGACCAGCCACCAGGAGCAGCAGUCCCAGCAGCUCAAACUCACCCAUGACAGGCAGAGCAAAGAGAUGCGUGCCAACCAGGCCAAGAUGUCCAUGGAAAACAGCAAAGCCAUCAGCCAGGACAAGACCAUCAGAAACAAGGCAGAGAGAGAGAGGCGAGUUCGGGAAAUAAACAGCAGUAACACUAAGAAGUUCAUCGAGGAGAGAAAAAGGCUGGCCAUGAAACAGUCAAAGGAGACGGAGCAGCUUCAGAAAGCUCAGCUGGAACAGCUUGAGAAGCUGGAGAAGGUCAAUGAGCAGCUUGUGAAAUCACAUCAUACAAAGUCUCUGUGUAAAGGCCAAGGAGAUGCAACAAAUGGUGAAACUGGAGGCAGAGAUGGACCUCAGACCAGCCACAGUGGUAUGAGGACCAUGUGAAACAAGACCUACUGUCCACACACACACACCACAGUCCCUCUAAGCCACACAGACAUAGAGUUGGAUACUCAUAUUUGCAGUAUGCUGUAGCAAUCAGAAGUAUAUGAAUCUGUACCACUGAAGAGAUUUAAAUGAGUUUUAUCAACAGAGUAUCUGAAUACUUCAACAGAAAAGCUUGGUUCUAUGUUAUAUGGUACUUUGCACUUUAAACACAGUGGACUCCGCAGACAGGAGAUGGGCUUAGCCAGCACACAUGGGUUUUAUUAUUGUUUAUUAUUGUUUUUUAUUAAUUGCAAUUACAUUUGCUUUUGUGCCAUUGAUGCCUUUUCAUCAGCUGACAUCCGGUCUGAAUGUAAGAAGCCUGUAUAAUGUAAAAAAUGUCCUUGCAGUCAAAUACACAAUGGUGAUUUUUUUUUUUUUUAUGUUUUGAAAGUGAAAUGUUAUGAUAAUUUGAACAUAAUUUAUGGAGCUCCCAUAUGGCUCUGUCCCUAAAGGUGCUUACUUUGUUUACCAGUUUUGCCCUAUAUCCUUGACAGAGCUUUGUAAUCGGCGGCUGAUGAUCCGAAAUCUGUAGUGGCACACUCUCAGAAAUAAAGUGAAAGUGGAGGUACAUUUUUGUUCUUUAACAAUCAAAUUGGCAAAAUGUAAGUACAACCUGAAAGUACAGUAAUGUUCUCCUUGGGUACAAAUGAGUACGUUUUCUAAGCAUAAAAGGUAUAUAUUGCUGGCUAGGGGUAGAAUUUUAUGUACUGCACACAAUUGGCUUUAUGUGGCGAGGUACACCAGGCACUCAAGUUAUCACGUUAUCAAUGUUAUAUAACCUCUCCUCGAGCUGGUAACUCUCUCCAAUAGUUCUGUAUGACGUGCAGACCAUAGCUUACAAAAUGCACUGUAAAAGAAAAAAUAAUUAAUAUCAGUUUCUAGGAAUAUCUGCCAAAAAUACUGAGGAGCAAUGACCAAUAACUUGCAUGAAAAACAAAACAACCAAACAGGAUAUUGUAGUUAGUCUGCAGGGUAGAUGUGGUAUAGCCUAAUCAUCUGUCAUUCUGUUAAGCUGUAUUAUCUUUAUGAACAUUUCUCUUCCAAUAAGUUUUGUAUUUUGCACUCUUCAUUAACUGUUAGCUAAUUUGUUAGCUAAAACACUAAAGAUUUUCAAGAGCAGUUUUUCAAGCCAUCAAAUGGAAUCCAAUCUCUGGAGCAGGGUGGGUGAAUAGCAUAGCUAGCUAACAGUUUAAGGUAAAGAAGCUGAUCGGAAACUGCAGUAACAAUACAAUUGCAUAUCCAUUGUUUUUCUAAACCAUUGAUAUAUUUUACCCAAUAAUUUAUUGCCAAGUUUCUUCACUGUUGUGUGCUGCACAUUUAGCUUGGAAGUCAGCUGCUAGCUAAAUAGGGAUGUGUUGUUGAUAUUUAGCCGCUUGCUAGAUUCUGAUGUAAACUACUACUGCUAGUGGGUCUGUAGAGGGUCUGAAACAAGGCUGCAGGUGUAAAAAAUAGUCUUCAAUCCAUAACAUGUAACACUGUUUAAAAUGCACACAUUCAAACUCCUUCUAUUCUGGGGGUUUAUACAUUUUUUGACCUAAACAAAUUGGUGCGUUUCGCGCCUGUGCAUCUGUGGUAGCCACCAAUUAACUGGCCAGUGAGUGGGAAGAGUGUACUGUAUGUGCUGGAGCAGCUGUUAUGUGCAGAUCAAAAUGGAGAGUAGUACCUCAUUCAGCAGCAUAUUAUUUUUAUUGUUGGGAUAAUAGCAUAUCUGCUUAUUUUUUUUAUUUGGAAAGUGCAUGAAUGUAUUGCACCCGCCAUGUUCUCUCAUGGAAAUCUUUUAUACGGUUUAUAUAAUAUAAGGGACAGCGCCUCAUCUGUAGCAAGCAAAUAUAUGUCUUAAUAGUCCCAGUUUUGUUCGCAUGGCAGUGUGUAUAUUGAUAAUAUAUUGUAUAGCGUUCAGCAUAUAUUUGUAAAUAUAUGUGCCAAGUAAAACAGUCACAGUCAUGCAUUUCCUAUAUGCAGCUCUUCCAAUUGCUAUGUGUGUCUAUAUAUGAAUGCAGAUCUUUACAUACUGUGCUUUUUGUAUUGAUUUUUCUGCGGGGUUUCAUACAACAUUUAUGUUCUAUGUUUUAAUUUGUAUAUGACAUUUUGGUGUUUUUUUUAUACUCCUAAUUCUAAUGUAAAGCCCCAUUGUGAUGGUCUUUGGUUUAUGUUAGCCUAUUUGCUUAAUUUGUAGGAAAUGUCAUGUUGUUACCUGAGUACUUUAAUACUGUUUUAUAAUGUACAUAUGAAAUAAAAGGUUAAAGGUAA